AGUCGAAGCAGCGUCCGAGAGCCGGAGCUCAUUUUACACAGAGAGAGGGAGAGAGCAGCGGUGCUUUCAAUCCGGCUAAUCUUCCCCGUCAGAAAGGAGGAAUAAAAAGUAAAAGGGAAUAAUUUUUUAAAAAAAUCAGACCCUUUAAUUCAGGUGAGAGCGAGCCGGGAUGUUUUGAGUGCGAAGGUUGUGGAGGCGGCUGGACCGGACCGGACCGGACCGGACUGGACCGGGCCGGGCCUGGCUUGGCUGGGCUGCCCGAGAGAGGAUGCAUCUCCAUCAGGUGCUGACCGGCGCUGUCAACCCCGGGGACAACUGCUAUUCGGUCGGGGGCGUCGCUGACAUUCCGUUCACGGCAUAUGCCUCAGGAUGUGACUUGGUGAUUCUUGGAAGUGACUUUGAAUGUGUUCAGAUCAUCCCUGGUGCUAAGCAUGGCAACAUCCAAGUGGGGUGUGUGGAAUGCUCCCUUCAGCAAGGCAGGAUUGCUGCUUCUUAUGGGAACACUGUUUGCAUUUUUGAGCCAGUACCUGUAAGCCAUUACAAAAGAAAACUUGUCCUAAACUAUCAAUGGCAAAAGACGGGGCAGUUUUUUCUUCAGUCUAUGGCGUACAACCUGGCCUGGGAUCCACAAGGUAACCAAUUACUGACAGCUACGGAUAAUCUACAAUUAUGGUCACCUCCCUCUAGUGACUUUCUAGAGGAAGAAAGUAGUCUCGCUGAGGAAUUUAAAUUGCAGCCAGAUUUAAAUGAUUGGAAAUGUAUCUGGCAGUGCAAGACUGCUAUUCCAAUAUAUCUCAUGAAGUGGUCCCCUGAUGGAGAAUACUUUGCAACAGCAGGAAAAGAUGACUCCCUUCUGAAAGUAUGGUAUUUUACCACUAGCUGGAAGUCUGCUGUUAUAGGUGCAGAAACAUUUGGGGAAAAAACUGCCUCUGCAGUUGUACAUUUUUCCUUUGUGUAUCUGGCACAUCCUCGUGCAGUGACAGGAUUUUCAUGGCGGAAGACCAGUAAAUAUAUGCCAAGGAGUUCUGUGUGCAAUGUAUUACUGACUUCAUGUCAAGAUGGUGUCUGCCGGUUGUGGGCUGAAACCUUAUUGCCAGAAGAUAGUCUCCUUGGGGGACAAAUGACAGAGUCUACCAUUAGUACCUCAGCUAGCAAUCUUCCUCAUGGUGGAAGUCAGAAAGACAAAAUUCAGCAUGCCCUGGAGACAAUUCAUCAUUUGAAACAUCUAAGAAGUCGUCGCAGAUCUUCAGUUCUGACCGCCCAUAUGGAAGUUUUGCCAAGCCAACUGGGAUCACAUGAAGUCCACAGACAAAUUUCACACUAUGCUAAUGCACUCUGUCACUUUCAUAUUGCAGCGAGCAUUAAUCCUAAUACAGAUAUUCCACCAGCACUAGCUGGCACAGCUUUCAAUAUAGAAGAUGGAGGUGGAAAUUUUGUGGUUCACUGGCUGAACAAUAAAGAGCUGCAUUUUACAACAUCUAUGGAAAUAUUCAUGGAGCAAUUAAGAAAGCUCACAGAUCAGCAGAUGGAGGAUGAAGUUGACACUGCCAGUCAGAGUGGAUUGAAAAUGAAUCUUGACAUCGAACAAGAUGAAACUUCAGAGAAAGGAUCAGAGUAUGAGAAUGAGGAGGUUGAGCAAGAUGGGAGCACCAAAGUAUCUACACUGUCCUCUGCAGGGAUUCCACUGCCUACGAUGUUGUUAGAUCGAAAAAUUGAGAUGCUGCAAACAGAGUGGAACAGAAAUGCCGAUAUGUUGUUUACAAUCCAUCCUAUAGAUGGUUCAUUUUUAGUAUGGCAUGUGAAGUAUUUAGAUGAGUAUCACCCAGGAAUCUUCAGACAAGUCCAGGUUGCAUUUUCAUCUCGGAUUCCUGUUGCUUUUCCCACUGGUGAUGCUAACUCACUCAGCAGAAAUAUCAUGAUGUAUGCGUGUACUGUUAAAAAUGUUAAGAAUCUUCCUGAAAAUGACCCAAAUAUCAAUGGGAUGACCCAUUGUGUGAGUAGCUCAAAAUUAAAUAUCAUCACUCCAGCAGUAAUGAUGAUUUCAAAACACAUUGAUGGAUCACUAAAUCAGUGGGCAGUAACUUUUGCUGAAGAAUCUGCUUUCACCACCGUUCUAAUCGUGUCACACAAGUUUAGAUAUUGUGGACAUCGUUUCCAUCUAAAUGACUUGGCUUGUCAUUCAGUGCUGCCAUUGUUGUUGACCUCUUCGCAUCACAAUGCACUAAUGACUCCUGAAGCUGACUUUGUUGAAAAGGAAAAGCUUAUGAUAGAAUCUGUAAAGUCCUUGAAAGGGCCAACUCCGCAGCAGGUGAAAAAUGCUGCUACACGAACAUUUCAUGACCCUAACGCCAUUUACAGUGAACUGAUACUUUGGCGCAUGGACCCAAUUGGACCAUUGUCAUACUCUGGGGGAGUUUCGGAGCUGGCACGUAUUAAUUCUUUACAUACUUCUGCUUUUUCGAAUGUGGCCUGGCUUCCAACAUUGAUCCCAAGCUAUUGCCUUGGGACCUACUGCAACUCUGCUAGUGCUUGUUUUGUUGCUUCUGAUGGUCAAAAUCUCAGGCUUUAUCAGGCUGUGGUUGAUGCUAGGAAACUUCUGGAUGAACUCUCAGAUCCUGAAAUUUCGAAAUUCGUUGGAGAAGUAUUCAACAUAGUAAGCCAGCAAUCAACAGCUCGACCGGGUUGCAUUAUUGAACUGGAUAUAAUAACAGCUCAGUGUGGCUCAAACACACAGCUUCUCCACGUGUUUCAGGAAGAUUUUAUUUUGGGAUAUAAACCACAGAAAGAAGAAAUGAAUAAGGAGCAAGAAAUUUCUUUCAGUCAACCUGCCCAAGGAUAUCGUGCACCAUCAUUCUCUGAAAAGUUCUACCUUGUGGUGAUAGAAAGAGACAAGAGGCAAUCUGUUCUUCACAUGUGGCACCUCCAUUUGAAAUCUGUACAGCCUCGUGUGGUGAGCACAUCAGAUAAUCAGAUAUCUGCACCAGAGGAAAAGAAUUUUAGACUAUCUCCAAAUACUUCUAAUUUAAGUCCUCUUCCACGGUCUGCAUCAGUUGCUAAUCUUCAGACUGCUAGCAAAUUGAUACUUAGCUCUGAAUUAGUCUACAGUCAGCAGUUAAAUGUACCUGAGGGAGUGGAAGUAAUCCGAGCAACACCUUCUGCAGGUCACUUGAGUUCAUCUUCAAUCUACCCAGUCUGCCUCGCACCUUAUCUAAUAGUGACAUCGUGCUCUGAUGGUAAAGUGAGAUUUUGGCGAUGUACUGUGGAUAAAAGUUCCAUCUCUGGAAACUUAGAGAAAGUACAUACUUAUAAGUGGGAAACAUGGCCUUUGAUGAAUGAGGAAGGAGAACACAGUAACAGUGCAGUGAGUGUUACUGGACGACCAGUGGCCGUGAGCUGUUCAUACACAGGACGGUUGGCUGUAGCUUAUAAAGAGCCUGUACAACCUAAUGGCAUUACGUCGAAAGAGUUCACAAUGCAUGUCUCCAUAUUUGAGUGUGAAUCUACUGGAGGAUCAGAGUGGGUGUUGGAACAGACAGUUCAUUUAGAUGGUAUAGGAAAGGUUGGAGGUGUCCUGGACUCUCGGGUUAGUGUAGAUAGCAAUUUAUUUGUGUAUAAUAAAUCAGACCUUUAUCUUAAAGGCAACUAUAUGACAUCAAACAUAAAACAUUUAGUGCACUUGGACUGGGUAUCAAAAGAAGAUGGUUCUCACGUUCUUACAGUGGGAGUCGGUUCCAAAAUUCUCAUGUACGGAAGACUGUCUGGAAUUGUAACGGAACAAGCCAGUAGCAAAGAUGGGCUGGCUGUUAUUACUUUGCCACUAGGGGGAAGCAUUAAACAAGGAACCAAAUCAAAAUGGGUAUUGCUGAGAUGUGUGGAUUUGGUGUCUUCAGUAGAUGGAACUCCUUCACUUCCAGUUUCUCUGUCCUGGGUGAGGGAUGGCAUCCUGGUAAUUGGGAUGGACUGUGAAAUGCAUGUGUAUGCACAGUGGAAACAUUCUGCAAAACCAUUCAAUGACACUGACAGCGGGAGCUUGUCACCUUUUGAAGAUUUAUCUGAUGCUUCCCCGUUUGAGGCUAAAAAUUUUUCAAAGCGACAGAGUGUUGCUGAUGCAACAACUGGUGUAGAUGAUGUAUUUGGAGUCCCAGGAAUGGUUCAAGAUGGUGGGUUGUUUGAAGCAGCUCACAUUCUUUCUCCUACUCUUCCUCAAUAUCACCCCACUCAGCUUUUGGAGCUUAUGGAUUUGGGCAAGGUGCGCAGAGCUAAAGCCAUUCUUUCACAUUUAGUUAAAUGUAUUGCCGGAGAAGUUGCAGUUUUUAGGGAUAAAGACCCAGGAGAGGGAGGAGGGCCUAGACGUCACCUUUCUCGAACGAUCAGUGUAAGCGGAAGUACUGGAAAGGAUACAAUUAUAGCAGGAAGAGAAGGUACUCGUGAUUAUACUGAGAUAGACUCAAUUCCACCACUGCCACUUUAUGCAUUGCUGUCUGCAGAUCAGGACGCAUCCUACAAAAUUGUUGAAGAAACUUCUAAAGUAGACAAAGGUUCACGAAUUCAAAGUAAAAAAGAAAUGGGUGAUCAAUAUGCUGAUUUGUUUCAGUCUCCAAGUGUAACUACAGAUGACUUUGUUGAAUUUGUAAUCGAAAAGAAGGAAUCUAGAUCUAAAGUCAUAAAUUUGUCCCAGUAUGGACCAACAUACUUUGGGCCGGAACAUGCCCGUGUACUUUCCAGUCACCUGAUGCACUCAAGCUUGCCAGGGCUUACACGACUAGAACAGAUGUUCCUUGUAGCUUUGGCUGACACAGUGGCUACCACAAGCACAGAAGUUGAUGAAAAUAGGGACAAGAGCUACUCUGGAGGUGAGACACUGGAUGAAUGUGGUUUACGUUAUUUGCUUGCCAUGCGCUUGCAUACAUGUCUCCUGACAUCUCUACCUCCAGUCUAUAGGCUUCAGCUCUUACAUCAAGGCUUGUCUACAUGCCACUUUGCCUGGGCCUUUCAUUCUGAAGCUGAGGAGGAGCUGCUCAAUAUGAUUCCUGCCAUGCAGAAGGGAGAUCCUCAGUGGUCUGAGCUGAAAGCCAUGGGAGUAGGCUGGUGGGUUCGAAAUAUUAAUACACUCCGCAAGACCAUUGAGAAGGUUGCAAAAGCUGCUUUCCAAAGAAACAACUCUGCAAUGGAUGCUGCUUUAUUUUAUCUUGCUAUAAAGAAAAAGGCUGUACUCUGGGGCUUGUUCAGAUCUCAACAUGAUCAAAAGAUGACAGAAUUUUUCAAACAUAAUUUUAGUGAAGACAGAUGGCGUAGAGCAGCUUUGAAAAAUGCAUUUGCUUUGCUGGGUAAACAACGUUUUGAAGAGUCUGCAGCGUUUUUUCUUUUGGCUGGUUCUUUAAAGGAUGCUAUUGAGGUGUGUCUAGAAAAAAUGGAUGAUAUUCAAUUGGCCAUGGUUAUUGCAAGAUUGUAUGAAUCUGACUAUGAAACAUCCUCUACUUGUAAAUCCAUCCUUCAUGAAAAAGUUCUUGGCUGUAAGGCAGAUGGAUCUGAAUUUAUACCAAGCCAACUGCAUCCAGAUCCAUUUUUGCGAAGCAUUGCACAUUGGACUCUGAAGGAUUACUCUAAAGCAUUGGAUACACUACUGGAACAACCUACAAAGGGUAGUGAAGAGCAUCCAGGAAUCCUCAUAAAAUCUUGCAACCCAGUAGUGUUCAGCUUUUACAAUUAUCUUCGAGCCCACCCCUUACUGAUGCGAAGACAUUUUGUUUCCCCUGAUGGCUCUUUGGCUACUUUAGGACUUGCAACAGAGAAAAGCAGUGAAGAUGAAAUCAACCUUAUUGAGAGGAAGUUAUUUUUCUCCACAGCAAAUGCUCAUUUUAAAGUUGGUUGUCCUGUCUUGGCUCUUGAGGUGCUGUCUAAAAUACCAAAGGUCUUGACAAAAGCAAAAACAUCCUUCAAAAGUGAAAACUCCAGGUUGCGUGCGCAAGGCCAAAAUGGUGCUACAAAACAUGGAGCAAGGACUGAAGAUAAUGGCUGGUCACAGACUGUAACAGGUUCUUCUGGUCUGGAUUGGGGCACCAGUAAUGCUGCUGGCUUUGAUUGGAGUCAGCCAGUAGUGACAUUUGCUGAAGAACCACUAAAACUUGAGUGGGAUGGUGAUAAAGAAGACGAAUUUGAAGAGAAGGAUGUCGGUGGAUUGGUGAUGAAAGACUCAGAAACAGAGCAUAUGGCUAACGAUGAGAAAAAAGGUGUUCCUGAAGAGUCUCAAACUCUUUUGAAAGAGGAUUCCACUUCUGACUCUCGGGUCGAUGUAAUAGCAGAACAGUUAAAAUUCAGAGCAUGCUUAAAAAUUCUAAUGACUGAACUUAGGACUUUGGCUACAGGGUAUGAAGUAGAUGGAGGGAAACUCCGAUUUCAACUGUACAACUGGUUAGAAAAAGAGAUCUAUGCUAUGCAUCAAAUCUGCAAUUAUAAAACUGAAGCUAUAGACUCUGCUAUUGAAAUAGAUAAAAAGACCAGUAGUUCAUUUGACCAGGAAGAGUUAACUGAGAACAUAGAAGGAGCUUCAUAUGAAAGACAUCAGAUUGAUCGGCGGAGGCUGCAAGCAAAGCAAGAACAUGCAGAAAGACGAAAAUGGUGGCUGCGGAAAAAUCAAGCUCUGCUUAGAGUGUUUCUAAGCUACUGCAGUUUGCAUGGAGCUCAGGGUGGUGGUUUAGCCUCAGUCAGAAUGGAACUUAUAUUUCUAUUACAAGAAUCACAACAGGAAACUACCGUGAAACAGCUUCAGUCUCCACUUCCUUUACCUACCACUUUGCCUCUCCUUUCUGCAAGCAUUGCUUCAACCAAAACUGUGAUAGCCAACCCUGUCAUGCAUUUGAGUAACCACAUCCAUGAUGUCUUGUACACAGUGGUCCAGAUGAAUUUUCCACCUCUUCCAGGUCUUAAGGAUGAAAAGGUUUUCAUUCUGCACACUUUGGCUGCUUCACUCUCAGCCUGUAUUUACCAAUCGCUAUGUGACAGCCACAGCUACAGUCAAACAGCUACAAACCUGUUUACAGGAAUGGUUUAUCAAGGCCUGCUGUUAGGUGAAAGACGUAGACUGCGGACUGAAAGCAUCGAAGAGCAUGUGACGCCAAAUUCUUCACCUUCACAUUGGCCUGGUGUUUCAUCACUGAUUAAUCUUCUUGGAACAGCUCAGGAAGAUGAUCAACCCAAAUUGAACGUGUUGCUUUGUGAGGCAGUGAUUGGUGUCUAUCUAAGUCUUUUGAUCCAUGGCCUUGCUACUCAAGAUAGCAAAGAGCUCUUUCGAUUAGUUGCUCAUCCACUAAAUAAUCGAACCUGGGCUGCAGUAUUUGGAGGAGGUGCAAAAACUAUAAUAAAACCUAAAAAAAGGCCAGAACUUACACCAGGUGAACCAAAUGUUUCAGCUGUACCAAUUUUGGAUCAAAAUGUUGCCUUGAAGACAGACCCUGUAGCUGUGCCUGUGUCUCCCAGCUGUGAGACUGGGACACAACACACACCAGGACUGGAUGUUCCUCCAGAGGACAUUGAUCGAUAUCGACGGAGAUUUAACAUGAAGAUGUUGGUUCCUGGUAGACCUGUAAAGGAAACUUCAACACCACCGCCUGUACCUGCAGAGAGACCGUCAUACAAAGAAAAAUUUAUUCCACCUGAGCUCAGUAUGUGGGAUUAUUUUGUAGCCAAGCCGUUCCUACCUCCAUCUGAAAGUGGAUUUAUGUAUGACUCAGAUGAAAGUAUCCCUAGUGAUGAUGAUGAUGAUGAAGAUGAUGCUUUUAUUUCUGACACUCAGCUACAAGAGCAUUCAGAUCCUAACUCUUACAGUUGGGCACUGAUACGCUUCGGAAUGGUCAAACUUGCACUGAACAAUGUGAGAAGCUUCUUUCCUGUUGCUGGAUUGGAGUUUGCAGAUCUCCCAGUGACUUCACCAUUGGGUAAUGCUGUUAUUAAGACCUUAGAAAACUGGCAACAAUUACUUCAGGCAAAAAUGGAACAGUUUGAAGGUCCACCGCCAAACUAUAUUAACACCUACCCUAGUGAUUUCUCUGCAUCUGGUGGACCAGCCAUUCUGCGGCACAAAGCAAUGCUUGAACCAGAAAACACUCCAUUCAAGUCAAGACAUUAUUCCACCUUUCCUGUUAAAAGGCUGUGGCAUUUCUUGGUCAAACAAGAAAUUCUGCAAGACACAUUCAUAAGAUUUAUAUUCACAAAGAAAAGAAAGCAAAGUGAGUCAGUAGAAGACCAUGUGGACCAAGUCAAACAAAACUGCGUAGUGGAGCAUCGUGGAAGCAACAAGGUGGAAACAGACAUGGGCUAUCCAGGUAGAAAAGCAAAGAUUAUUCACAAAGAUUCUGAUGCCAUAAUGGCAUUUGCAAUUAAUAAGGCAAAUUCCAAUGAAAUGGUUUUGGCUUCAACUCAUGAUGUGCAGGAACUUGAUGUAUCUGCAAUUCUAGCUGCUCAGCCUUAUACUUGGAUUGGUGACGAUUCAGACAGAGAAUCUAGAAGUUCUGACGAUCUGGAGCAUCGCUCAACAGUGAGCACUAGCCAAACUAGUACGACUCAUUUUGGAUCCAGCCAGCUUUCUACUUCCUCUUCAAUGCCUUGGCUAGGAAGUGGGCAAACCAGUACAGGAGCCACUGUGCUUAUAAAGAGGAACUUGAACAAUGUGAAACGGAUGACUUCCCAUCCAGCUCACCGGUAUUAUCUUACAGGUGCGCAAGAUGGAAGCGUUCGAAUGUUUGAAUGGAAUCGGCCACAACAGGUUAUAUGUUUCCGACAAGCUGGCAAUGCGAGGGUUACUCGACUACAUUUCAAUUCCCAAGGCAAUAAGCUGGGGGUGGCAGAUGGAGAAGGUUUUCUGAGUCUUUGGCAAGUCAACCAAACUGGAUCUAAUCCUAAACCUUAUCUUAGCUGGCAGUGUCACACUAAAGCAGCUGGUGAUUUUACAUUCGUUACCUCCUCAAGUCUCAUUACCACAGCAGGACAAUCUAAUGACAGCAGAAAUGUUUGUUUAUGGGAUACACUAAUUUCACCACACAACAGUCUUGUGCAUGGUUUUGUCUGCCAUGACAAUGGUGCCACAGUGCUUCAGUAUGCACCAAAGCAGCAACUUCUGAUUUCUGGAGGCAGGAAAGGCUUUGUCUGCAUUUUUGACAUAAGGCAGAGGCAGUUGUUACACACAUUUCAGGCACACGAUUCUGCUAUUAAGGCCCUUGCUUUGGACUCCACAGAAGAUUAUUUCAUUACAGGUUCAUCAGAAGGGAAUAUGAAGGUGUGGAGGUUAACGGGUCAUGGAUUAAUUCAUUCAUUUACCAAUGAACAUGCCAAACAGUCAAUCUUUCGAAACAUAGGUGCAGGAGUUGUGCAGCUGGAAAUCAAGCCAGCCAAUCGUAUCUUUUCCUGUGGAGCAGAUGGAACUUUGAAGACACGAGUUUUGCCAGACUAUUUUAAUACCCCUGCUGGAAUAUUUGACAUCCUGUAGUUUAUUGGGCUUGCUUGCUUUGGUUUCUGGUUAUUAAGAAACAUGGGCAUCUCACAUUUGCUGUGGGAGUGCAUAAGCUGCUAGUGAGUUGUAUGGGAAGUGACCCAAAGUUGAGCUUUUUGCAGAAGUUUUUUAUUAGUGGAUAUGAGCAGAUUUGAAAUAUAUAUAAAGCAAAAGACAGACAUUUGAAGAAGUAAAGUGUGGCGUUGGGUAUAAAGACUUGAAGAAUUUCUUAUUAUAAACCCAGAGGGCAGACAUGCAUGUACUGUAUUAUUCUUUUAAAAGCAAUGCAGUUGCAGAAUGUUGGUAAUGCUUUGUGAACAAAAUGCAAAAUCUUUUGGCGUACUGUAAGUGUAUGGACUAAAACACGUGCCCAUGGUUAAAAUCCAUCAGCACUGUAUUGGGAAAUCCCAUAUGUAAUGAUGGUGUGAGUUAAUUUAUAAAAUUUGAAUUCAUUAGUUUAAUUUUUCUUCAGAAGGAAUUUUCAGUGACACUGAAGCAGGCAGAUGGUCAUAUCUGAAGGCUACAAAGCAAAAAAGUGUUUGCAAAAAAUGGGAUCCAGAGUCAUUAAGAUGUACAGAUUAAUUAUGUCAGUUUAUAGUCAUUUCUGAAAUUUUAAUUUGAUCACUUAACAUGUUAAAGCUAUUGAAACAGCUAUUUUAUCUUUUUGCACACUGUUAUUAAGCCUUCUGAGACUGUUGGACUUCUAUUACAAACUGUUUGCCUUUACAUAAUAAAGUGUGACAGUGUAAUGAUGGCAUUAUUUAUCUACACUUGAAAGUCAAAGGAACCAGAUUUUUGUUUGUUUUUGUUUAUUCUGGAUUAGUAUUAUUGUUAGUUUAUGUAUUAAAUCUGAAUAUUGCACUCUAAUUAAAAGGAAGCUAUCAAAUCUUGGUAUUUUAAAAAACAAUUCUAUUGAUGUGUAAAAGAUUGCAUUUCCUUGGAUGAAUGUCUGGCUUAACUGGCCCAACAUUUUAUGUAAUAUUAUGACCAAUUAAGUUAUUUUGAUCUGUGAAUUAACAUAACUUGUAAUCAUUGCUGUGUGUUGUCUGCUUUUUUUGCCUGUAAUAUACAGUUUAAUUUAUUGUAUUUUUAUGUUUUCAGUAUGUACGUGUUGCUAACAAAUAUGGUAAGUAAAAUUUGAGGACCUUCAACCAAUAUUUUGACAUGUCUGUGAAGUUGUCUUCUGCUUAUAAUUAGUGUCUGUGUCUGUAACAAAUUCAUUGCAUUUCUUUGUGAACUGAGCAAAAUAUGGAUUUUACAUCCUGUGCUUGAAGUUGUAUUUAAAACAAUAGUUGUGCUUACCUUUGUAAGUCAAAUAAAUUAUUUUUAAUGUGUGUA